AAAAUAGAUUCUCAGUUGCUUAAUAUAGACGGAACUAUGAUCACGUGUGAUCGAGAAACUUCUAGUCUGACUUUCAUGAGUUUGAAAUCGGCAGGAAGCUUUUAUCAAGUGCUUGAAUUUAUCAAUCGGGACAUUUAUGUUUUAUAUUCAGACUACGGCAGACGAUAGCUCCAGGGGUGUUGGAAAGCAGCCAUUUCCUGGCUUGUCACGGCUAACAAAUGACAAAAUGUCACGAAGAAAAGACUGCGAAUGCAGAAUAAACAAUUGGAAACGUGUAGAAACCAAAAAAUAACAAAGCCGACAGUAAAACAAAAAARGACAAAACAAAACAAAACGAAACGAAAAAAAUCUAAUCAAAAACACCAACCAAAAAAAGCAAGAAAAACAAAUUUGAAUAGCACGGUAAAUAACAGAAAGCGUGCAACUGUAAAAGCUUUUAUGGGAAGCAAGGUUUAGUUUCUACUGGUACUCCUGAGGACAUCCUUGAAAAAACAUAACAGACAAAGCAAGGGGCAAUUUCUAAAGCAACAACAGCUAGUAGCAUCUCUUAGAAGACAUAAGUGUAGUUUUGUCUCCUAAUUACAGUUUACAACAAUGUAAUUCAGAGGAAACACUAAUGGAGUCAACUAGUCCCGAUGUUGUGCGCUGGAAGACAGCUUGUAUGUAAAGACCAGACCCCUUCAUCUGUACAGGAGACAAGACAUGAGGCAGAACACAGAUGUAUUGAUAAUGAGUGGAGUUACGAAAUGCUCUCAACGUUUUAUAUAGAGGACAAUAUUGUAAUCAUCUUGAGAAGAUCCUACCAUUUCAAGUCUUGAUUCUCGCUGGUGGCAUUUGCAAACAUAUCAAAGUUUACAACUUAAUAUAACUGAUCUCCCAGCCCCCAAAAUAAAUAAGGUACAUACAGUGUGGUAUCAAUAGGAAAAAUACGGUUUCCCAUUGACUGACCACUAACAAAAGUUUAUAGGAAGACAAAAGCGUAGAACCCAUAAAAACACUACCGUCACCUAGAGACCUUAACAAGCGGGUGAAACAAAGGGCAAAGCUCGUKUUCUAUUGGAGAAUAUUAUUAUUAAUAAGGCACAAAUACAAUUCUAAAUUGCCUACACUGCUGGGCUAUUGACAAAUUGAAGAAUUGAAAGCGCCGACUAUACAUUACAAAAUUCGACGAGCGUCAAACCUCUGCCUCAGUUCUUUAUCUUGACACUGGAGGGAGCUUCCGCACAAGAAGAAUUAAAAACUUGGUUCAAAAUUUGGAAACUGCCUCUGGCGAGCUAAAAUAUGGUUAACKGUUCAAAGAAUAAUGGACCCAUGAAUGUUACUGGUUCAGGGCAAGUGCCGGGACAKGGUUAUAAUGAAGAAAGGCUGGACCUGCUGUAUGAUUGCUGCCUUGGUCUUCUAAGUAUUUCGAUCAUGGUAAUUAACAUCAUGGUCCUAAUUGUGUUCAUCCAUAAACCACAUCUACGUACCAAGACUAACUGCCUUCUUGCUAGUUUGGCAGUGAGUGACUUGGCAAUGGGACUAAUUGGGAUUCCUUCGUAUAUCUCUUGCACCGUCACUGGUCUCUCGUCAUUAUGCAUAACCUCUGCUCUAAUGUACAGAUUUGUAGCAGUAUCCACUAUGUUCCAUAUUCUGUUCGUCACUAUCGAGCGCUACAUCUCUAUCAUACACCCUAUGAGGUACUUGAACAUCAUCAAAAGGCAGCGUCUCUAUGCAGUCAUUGCCUUUAUCUGGCUAUUCUCACUGUUCAUCGCUUUCAUCCAGCUUUCAUGGAACGACGUCAACAACUAUUGGCUAAUUACCGAUAAGAAAAUCAAGGGAGGAAUCAUCUACCACACUUUUGGAGUCAUCGUUUGUUUUGUGGUCCCAUUUCUUGUGAUGGCCUUUAUCUAUGGACAAAUGUUUGCAGCCAUCCAUCGGCAAGUCCUCGAUAUUCGUAAACAGCACAUUGCAGCAGACUCCAAAAACUUCCGUCCCAUCUAUACAGAACUUCGGGCCAUCUCCGUCUUCGCCACCAUGCUAGGAGUCUUUGCUUUUUGCUGGAUUACCUGGUACAUCUCAAUAUUCCAAAGCUACAUUCAGUUCCAUCUGGACAUUUCUGAAGUCGGCCACAUGAUCUUUGACUUUCUGCGAUUUUUCACGUCGUUCGUCAACCCUGUAUUGUACACAUACCUCAAGUACGACUUCAAAAAUGCUUUUAAGUCAAUGUUCAAGUGCAAGACAAGACUUUAUCGAGGAAGCAGCAGCUCUAAAAGUCAAGCUACACAGUUAUUCGAUACUCAAUACUCUAUGUACGAGGACACAAAAUUUUAGCAAGAUAUACCACCAUUUUUAGGAAUUGAAACACAMAAAACAUUUCUGCGUUUAAAACAUAAAUAUAUGUAUGUCGAUUGUUUUUGCCAUCAGAUUUAUGCAUUCACUGAAUUAUUUAUAGACAUUUUAAUUUUGUGCGCAUUUUUUUUCUGUUCUAGUCAGUGUGCGAGUAUACAUUUACACAAGAAAGCUGUAAACAAAAAAAAAAAA